UUUACAACACAUUGGAUACAGCAGCCAACGUGUCACUUCAAAUUAAACAAUAUGGAGAACAAGUUGCAACUUUAGAAAAAGAUAAUUUACAUAUGAGUUUUGAGAAAAACAGUGUUCAGAGUUUUCUGGAUCAAGGAAAUGUGAGCAGGGAUGGAGUGAAAAUCUCAACUAAAAAUCUCACGAUUUCCAACGUGUCUGAUGCCUCUAUGCAACUUACGGUAACUGUUGUCAAGAAAUCUCCAGUUCCUCAUGCAAAAGGUGACCAUCGCAUAUCUAGCAAAUGUGUAAUGAUAUCUGCCGUAGAUGCAGAUGGCAAAGAUUUAAAAAUGGAAAGAGAAGUAUCCUUACCGAACCCUGAAAUUGUACAUUUCUUGGGCCCUACUAGUCCCGAUCCAGCUAACCCAGAACUUAUGUUGUAUGUCCGGUUUGAAGUCCUGGAUAAUCAUGAUGCAUCGAUAACUUACAUAAAACUGAAAGGAGAUGUUCCAGGGGACAUGUAUAUAAUUUACACUGCAUACUUCAAGAGUGAAGCGUAUCCCACAAUCACAGAAUAUGAUUAUAAAUACGAUGUAACCACUGAUGAUAUGGAGGAUAUGGGAUUAAAAAUAAUAACACCUGUAGGAACUCUAAAACAAGGUCAGUGUUUCUUGGCAUUGCAACCGAAACCAAAUGUUCCAGCUGCAGACGAUGCUGCGCAGACAAGAAGAAAAAGGAGUACUGUAAAUAACAACAGUACAUCGAGUGGAAACAAUACUUUUAACCCGUUCACUGGUAACGUUAGCAUUGUGACUAUAACAACUGGAUGCAGAUCAUUUAAUCAAACAACAUCCGCAUGGGAACCUAAUGGAUGUAUUGUUUUGCCUUUUUCCACUUUGAAUGAGACAGUCUGCAGAUGUCCAAGUAAAACAAAGACUUUGGCAACAACAUUUUUUGUUACUCCUAAUACGAUAGAUUUUAACAAUGUCUGGUCAAAGUUUGAUAUUGCUAAUGCUGCAGUGUAUGGUACUCUUACAGUACUGUUACUACUUUACCUACUAUUGGCAAUAUUGCUAAGGAGAAAGGAUAGACAAGAUAAACUAAAUUGGUCAAUGAGAUUUUUAUGUGACUGUGAUAGCGAGGAUCCAUAUUUCUAUAUGAUAUCUGUACAUACUGGCUUACGACCUGGUUCGGGGACAGAUUCAAACGUGAACUUUGUUUUGGCGGGAGAAGGUGGAGAUAGUGGAGUUAGACUUCUAAGCGAUGGAGUUCAACACGGAUUCGGCACUUCUUCUGUAAGGAAUUUCGUGAUGUCUACUAAUGUUGUCCUCGGCGAGUUAACCUACUUCCGGUUAUGGCAUGACAACACGGGCCAAGGAAACAGAAAUUCAUGGUAUCUGCAUAAAUUAAUUGUGGAUGAUCCACAAACAAAUCAAAGGUACCUGUUUCAGUGUGACAAAUGGUUAUCAAUUGAUUUUGAUGAUGGUAUGAUUGAACGCAUAAUUCCAGUUUCCAUUACGGACGACAUUGGAGUAGAAUCCUUGUUUUAUCAGCAGUCAAGAAUGAACUUGACAGAAAAUCAUCUAUGGAUGUCUUUGUUUGUACGUCCUACAAGAAGCGUCUUUACGCGUGUGCAGAGACUUGCCUGUGGAAUGACACUGCUUCUCCUGACCAUGAUUUCAAAUGCAAUGUUCUUCAAGUCUGCGGACGAAGAAACUAUGCAAGCUGACAGUGUAAAAAUCGGAUUUUUUCGAUUGUCAAUGUCAAAUUUAUUCAUAUCAUUCAUUGGUAUUAUAAUUACCACUCCACCUAUUUUCUUUGCAACAUUUGUAUUUAGGAACACCGAACCAAAGGCCCAACCAUUACAUUUCCAGAAGAAAACAAAGGAACGUAAAUGCUUACCAUGUUUAAAACAAAAGGAAAGUGAUGGAGAAAAACUCAAGGAAAUUGAAUCUGGCUUAUCUGAGGAUGAUGAAUUUCUCAUUUAUAAAAAGCGUAGAUUUCCAUACUUUGUCGCUUAUAUUGCUUGGAUCGUGUUGGUUUUAGCAUCAUCAGCGUCUGCGUUCUUCCUUUUACUAUACAGCAUGGAAUGGGGAAAGAACAAAUCAGAAGAAUGGCUUUCAACGUUCAUAUUGUCGUUCUUCGAAUCUAUCUUAUUUGUAGAUCCAAUAAAGGUGAUUUUGAUAGCCUUUUUAAUUGCCCUGAUAUUUAAAAAGCAUGUUGAUGAUGAAACCACAUUGGUUGAUAUGAAAAAACUACGGUCUGCAGCAAGUAAACAUUCAGCUGGAAACUCUCGGCUUUUCUGGGCAUUUAGACAUGAGAUUUUGUCGAAAGCUGAACCACCAGCGGAAGAAAAACUGAAUAAACAAAGGGAAGUUAUAAAGCUGCAGACGAGGGCAAAAUCAGUGUUCCGUGAAGUUAUUUUAUACACAGUCUUUGCAAUAGUUGUGUAUUGUAUUAGUUAUUUGAACCGAGAUGACAGAGCCUACAUCAUGAAGUCUAACAUUGACAAUCACAUAUAUGAAUCCAGCAAAGUACAAUUUGGAUUUUCUAAGGUCAAUUCUAUGGAUACGUUAAUGCAGUGGAUGGAUGAGACAUUUGUUCCAGUGUUUUAUCCAGUUCAGGAAUACAAUGGAGCCAGUCUUAGUUUACAAGAUAAAUUCUACAUCAAUGAUCUUACAAACAUACGUCUUGGUUUGGUUCGACUUCGUCAAGUCAGAAUGCCGAAAGAAAAAUGUGGUUAUUGGAAACUAACACCAAAGCAUUUCUGCACAACUGAUUUUCAGUCGAGUAGAGAAGAAAAACGUCAUCACUGUGUGUCAUGGAAAUCAAGGAACUCAACAUGCCCAGUAGCAGAAGACACUUUCCUAACGAAGGAUGCAUAUAGAUACAGAUCAGCGGAGGAACUGCAUAGUAUGCCAUUUGCUGGAGGUUAUGAUGUAUAUGGAGGGGGAGGCUAUGUUCAAGAUUUUCCAAACAACCGUGAUUCUGUUAAUACUAUCUUAAACGAAAUAAAAACACACAGAUGGAUGGAUCGAAGAACAAGGGCUCUUUUGAUUGAGUUUUCACUAUAUAAUUCAAACAUCAAGCUUAUUGCAUUUUCAACCUUUGCUGUCGAGUUCACCGAUACGGGAAAUGUGUUAGCGUACACAUUUACACAAUCAUUCAGACCGACACUUUUAACAGAUGCAACGGGUGCGGUCUCCAUUUUUUUUUACUUUAUCUAUAUUAUAGCACUUAUUAUAGCAACGGUCAAAAUUAUUGGAAAAUUUCGUGACCAAGGAUGUGAUUUCUUUAAAGCUGCAUGGAAUGUCAUUGAUCUAAUAACUGUUGUAUUGAGUUAUGCCGCUAUAGCUGUCUGGAUUGUCAAAUAUAUUCAAACAAGCAGAGCCCUUAAACGGUAUUACAAUGAUAAGAGUGGAUUCAUAAGUUUCGUUCAAAUUGUCUUCUGGGAUAACGUAUUCAACAGUAUAGUUGGUAUUAUAGUAUUCACGGCCACUCUAAGAAUACUUAAAGCCUUGGGAUAUAAUAAAAGAUGUGCCGAACUCGUAACUGUCGUCAAACACGCUGCUCCACAACUAUUCAGCUUUUUUGUAGUCUUCGGAUUAGGAUUUUUUGGGUUUGUUAUUCUUGGACAUUUAUUAUUUGGCUCGUCGAUGUUUGAUUAUCAUAACAUGCUUACAGCAAGCGGCAGUCUGGCUAAUACGUUGAUAGGAAGAAACAGUCUUGACAAAAUGGUUGCUGCGGCUCCGUCCUUUGCACAAGUAUAUUUCUUUGUGUAUGUGCUGUUUAUUAUAUUUAUUUUGUUAACGAUGUUUGCUGCCAUUUUGAAUCAGAGUAUCACGGAAGUACGUGCCAACUACAAGAAUGAGAGCCCAAUUGGAAUUCUUGAUUUGAUUAAAGGGGCAUUUACGGAUUUGUUGGGAUUGGUAGGCAUCCAUUUGAGAAGUAACAAACGACAAAACAGUGUACAGAAAAAAUACAUGACAGGCGUACCAAAGAAGAAUGCUCAAAUUGAUACACCAAACUUGCUACAACUUCUAAGGGAUACCUUUGGAGAAGUCGGAGAUGAAAAAUUGAAAAAUGAAAAAAAUGGAGAUAAAAACCAGUCGUCUGAAGGAGACGGAAUAAGCAAAGAAGACCUUGAUUAUGUGAUCAGUGAAGAAGACAAGAAACGUUUUAAUAAAUUGUCCCAAAAGAGUGGUUGUAUUUCCAGGGCGAGGACACCUAGAGAUAUUGACCUUGAAAUUUCUAACUCCAAAAGCGUAGAAAACAAAUCGUACAUCAGUUAUUUAUAAACGUGAAAAAGGAUGUGGCAUGAAAUAUUAGAGUUAAAAAUAUAUAUUAGUAUAUCAAUCGACUAGACAGAAAAACGUUUACUCCAAUAGAUCAUAAAUUGUAUUGUCGGUUAUAUUUUUCUAUUCAUUUUUUAUCUAUAUAUACACAAGGAUUGUCAUAAGAUAUACAUUAUAAUAGUUAUUUGUCUUCACCUAAAAAAAAAAUUAUACCCCCGCUUUAAAAAAGGGGGGUAUACUGUUUUACCUCUGUCUGUCCUUCCGUCAGUCAGUCCGUCCGUCCCAUGAAUAUUUUUCGUCGCAUUUUUCUCAGGAACUACAAUACAAGGAUUUCUGAAAUUUGGUUUCAGGGUUUAUCUAAGUCAGCUAUACCGUGUGAUGCGUUUUCAGAUUGAUUACUUGACAACUUACUGUUUAUCGAACAGUUGUAUGAUUUUACACAUGAUAGCCAAGUUGAAAAUUUUUGUCACAUUUUCUCAGGAACUACAAUACAAGGAUUUCUGAAAUUUAAUUUCAGGAUUUAUAUACUAGUAAGUCAGCUAUACCGUGUGAUGCUUUUUCAGAUUCAUCUCUCGACAACUUCCUGUUUACCGAACACUUGCAUAUUUUUACACUAUUUAUAUUAUCCACUUGCGGCGGGGGUAUCAUCAGUGAGCAGUAGCUCGCAGUUUCUCACUUAUUAUUUCAAUGGAAGGAGAGUCAAUGAAACAUCUUGAAAAUUAGUGUAUGAAAUAUGUGCUGGGGAAAAAAAUAUCGAUAAAAAAUCUAAUUGCUAUUAUUCAUUUAGUAGGUGUCAGGUUGAUUUAUGAACUGUUCGGUUAAUAAGCAAUUUAUAGAAGCAAGUGGUGAAAACGCUAUUGAUUCAAGUCUGAUUAUAAAGUCUUAUUAUACUGUAAAAACUAUCAGUUUCUAGAUUUCAUUUUUUUUUCUUUUAAAAACAUGGAUUGUCAUUGUUGUAGUUUAAACUAUUUUUGCAAUCAUUUAAUUGUUUAUUAUACGUGAGUAAAACUCAAUUUUCUUUUAUCUUAGAAGAAGAUCGUAUUUUCUUUAAAACGACUUUAACAAUCAUCAUUUAACUUCAUAAAUAACGCAACCAUUUUAAUAUUUUAGGAAUAGUUUGUGCACAUUUUCUGUUAUUCAAAAUUGAUACUGAAUUGCAUAAAAAAAAAUAUUGACUAUUGUAUUUUUCGGUAGGCCAUUUAAUAAUGAUAGAAAUCGUUAUGCGAUGUGUAAUUUUUUAACAUGUGUUAUACCAUAAUUAGAAAUAAUGUAUUGUGUAUAUGAAAUAGUUCCUGAUGAAUUUAAAAAAACACACAUUUUCAUUGUAUCAUUUAGACACGUGCAAUAAGCAUUCGAUGACCACGUAAUGAGACUGAUAUAAACCUUUAAUUACAUUGUAAAAUCGUACUUUUUUGGUUUAAUAAGCUUUAAUUUACAUUUUAUAAAUAAAAUAUCGACAAUUUUCUUUGAGAUUGAUAGUUUUUUGUCGAGCACUUAAUCUGUAAUUUAGAUUUUGUUUCGUUUUAAAAAAAAAUGAAAAUUGAUCACCUCUAUAGAAAAACGUGCAGGGAUCGUGCGUGAAUAUGCGUCAUGGACAAUUUGCAAUGUGACGCUGUACACCACUCAGACAGACAAAAUAGAUUUAUUAAAAUAGAAAAUUUGUGUAUUAUAAAUGUGUGUAAGGUAGCCUAUGUUAACUGUCGUUUGCAGGGUAAAGGUUGGUUUAAUUCAGGACUAUGUGUAAAUACUUAUUUAUGACUCUGAACCGUAAUGGUACUCCGAACUGCGUUGGUUAACACUCUGAAGUGCAAGGGUGACAUCUUUACGCUGACUUGUUAUUAGCUAGGUUAGAGUGUAUUGGUUGGUUCGCACUAAGCAGCAGAUAUUGAGAAGUACACUAAAUAUUGACCAUUUAAAUUUGGGUUUUUUUUUUGGCCUAAUCCGUUGCAGGAGAAUGCUAAUAUAAGCACAAUAAAAAUACUGAAAGUGCUAGUUUUCUUAUUAAGCAGGAUUCAUCAAUUCGUAACAGGCUCUUGUCUCAGAAUAUUUUUUUUUCUGUAUUAUACCUUAAUAUAAAACAAGGCAUUAUGGGAAAAUUUCAGCCGGUCACGAUUUUCCGUUAUUUGACCAUUUCUAGGUUGUCAACUCCACUGAAAGUUGGUGUGUCUUAAAUCUAAAUUGAUUGUUCUACUAAAUGGUGUAUUACACGCCUACUUUUGUUGUCGGAAUCAUAUGUAACAAUCCUACCCGCGUAAACCAUAGCCUUUCAGUGAGAUCAUCAAACGUAUGUGUACCCAUCGCAACUUCGAGCACUACAUAUAUAUAUGUCUGCUCAUCCAGAAACGAUUUAAACCUGUUAUUACUUGUUACAUUUAUUCUACUGUUAUUUUCUACUGUUAAUCAUUCGUUAAAUGUUAGAA